AUGCAUUGGAUCAACACAAUUGCGAUCUGUAUGAUCGCUACCAUUGCACUCUUCCCAGGAUACGUACUUUCCACCGACAACAAUGCUCCUCCAUCCUACGCCAUCUCCCUCUCUGCCACCUCACAAUUCGCCGUCAACAACCCCGGUGGUCCCGUCUACCUGGCUUUAAUCACAUUCCCGGGAAACUAUGUCCUCUCGGCAAUCCCUAAUGGUUGCAUCUCUGUGUCGAUUAAUACGGUGAACUGUACAGUCUCAGCCAUGAACACGCUGGUGACGGACUUUGCGAGCGUUAUUGUUGCGGAUGGGACGCGGCCUACGUUGGAGUCUGUGGUUGUCAAUGGAGAGGUUUGUACGGCGGCGAGUAGUUGUCCGACGUAUACGCCUACCAACCCGGGGUCAACGGCUACUUGGUCGGUUAUGCCUGUCCCUUCUGUGACCACCAGCAAUCCUCCGUCGAUCCGACCUUCAACAUCAACCUCUUCAGCAUCCCCACCACCCUCCACAUCUGACCCUAGCGACACCCCAGCCUCCAAAGCCACGGGCUUUCACAGUUCCAACAUUGGUCUGAUUGUCGGCCUGACCCUCGCAUUCGCGCUCUUGAUCUUCCUCGCCUCUCUGUACUUUCUCCGCCGUCGUCGCCAAACCCCGCAAACCAAACCCAAUACAGAUGGCUCUCGCGUUAGUGGUCGUUGGGGUGGUGCAGCAGCCGCAGCAGCGCUCUUCCGGAUCAGGCACAAGGGUUCCAAAUUGUCCCUCGGUCGUACAAGUCUCCAUGGUAGCCCCUAUAUGGCAUCGACAUCUGAGAAGGUGGUGUCCAGUAACGAGGACCCAUUCUUUCAAGCUAAUGCUGCCCUCGCACAAUCGACAUCUACUAUCUCGGUGACCACCGUGUCUGAGAAAUCCGCGACGGCCAUGGGGACAGGGACUGGCUUUGGCAUGACGCUGAUUGAUAUCCCUGAGGCAUAUGAACCCGAGGACUCGCCGUCUUUUUCUUCGUCAUCGUCGGAGGUCAAUUAUUUCCAGAACGAGAAUGAUGAACUUGAGCGCGACCUGGAUGCAGAGUUUGCAGAGGCGACUAUCACCACGACCACAGAGCUCGUCAACAAAGACAACAACAACGACAAUCAACAAGCGCCAUCGUCAUCAUCCACAUCGCGUUAUCCAUGGAUCGCCCGGGCUGCCAGCAAAUCUUCCCAGCUCCAUCGCGCAGUCAGCGCCGCUUCCAGCCGACUCCUCCCUCUCCACAGCACCGACGAAUCCCGAAGACCUUCAAUCGAGCAACAAGAACAGCCUCUGGCCAGAACCCACACCGGAAGAUCCAUCAUCCCAGGACCCCGAUUCCCCAAAGACGGCCUCACCUUCAAGGACAACAGUAAUUCCGACCGCCUCUCAACUCGCUCAACCUCCUAUUCCAUGUCCAUCCCGCGUCCUCCAAAAAGCAUCCACCGCACCUCUUCCCGCGACACCAGUAGCCACGGCCAAGUCUUCGGGACCAUCCGCCCAGAACACCACCAACAACUCAUCCAUCAACAGCGCCUCGACCAAGGCCUAACACCGGAUCAACCCCUACCCUCCUACACAUACCAUCAACUGGCUUCUGGCGCCACAUCUGCAGGCACUGCCGCCAACGCCGCCGCGCUCUCUGCAGCAGUAACUCAAGGCGGUAGUUCGGGGCUGUUCAGGAGUAGGAGCGAUAGUGCAGGUAGUGCUGAGGAUUCUUUUGUUAACCCGGGUCCACCACCUCAUCCCCCAACACGGCGGACGUCGAGCAGUUGGCAGGCUAGUGCGUCUCGGAAUGGGUCGGGGUCGCGGAGGGGGUAUAAUCAGCCGAUUCAUAUCCGACCCCCUGGGCCUUCUUUCCAACCAGACCAACAGCAGGUGCAAGCAGGUUCGGAAGGUGGAUCUGGGCUGUAUGGUUACAUGUAG